AUGCCUAGCACGAAUCGAUCCGCGGAGGCGCCUGGAAGGCCUCGCUACGACCCCGAUCCUGCGCGCCUGUGCCAGCGCAACAAGACCGUCGAGGUCGCUCCAGAGAUAAUGGUAGGCCAUACGAACAUGAAGAAUCAGACAAGUCCCCUCGUCGUCGGAGUCGCUCACCUCAACGAUCACCCCUUCGAGAUCAACGUCGAAAUCAUCGCAACCGAUCUCGCAGUGAGCACCGAGAACGAAUCCACAGGGCUCGUAGUCGACGCCCAAGGCACAGAAAUCAUAGCCGGGGACGAGAACAUACGAAUAGAUCUCGUAGUCGACGGCGGGACAUAA